CGUUCAGGCAGCGCUUGGAUUGCUGUUGGCAGCGGCCGGCAAUGGAGUCGCAUACGAAGAGAUCAACAGAGUGGCAUUUCUGAACCCGCCCGUCCCCGUAAAUGUGGAUUUCAAAACGCUCCUACUCCAGUGGAGUAAUCUAACGGAGGUUCAACUCUACAGCGCCAACGGUAUCUUCGUGAAUCCAAACUUUCCUAUAGAACGUGGGUUCGUGGAGGCCGUUUUGUUUUAUUAUUUCGCCCAAAGCACAAACUUUGACUUCUCCUAUCCUGGAGGACCUGAGAAGCCAAUCAACGAUUUUGUUGAGCGACAAACGAACCACUUAAUUAAAGACCUCCUGCCAGCGCAUACCAUCACCGGUUCGACAGCAGUUAUUCUGGUCAACACUGUCUUCUUCAACGGAACAUGGGAGCGGACAUUUGACCAUAGGUCAACAAACAAGGGAGACUUUUAUACCUUGGACAAGGGAACCGUUCAGGUUGAUAUGAUGAGAAGCAGUCGAAAAAUAAAUAUACGAAGAAAUGUAUUUGGAGCAGACGUCAUUGAACUCACGUACCACGGAAACUUCGCACUCUACAUCGCUUUACCGCAAGCUGUCAAUGGAAUCAUCCAACUUGAAACUCACCUAAACACACCCGGGGCCGUAAAUCAACUGUUUGAAGGAUUUAAAAAGGAAUACCUCCAACUGAGUCUUCCAAAGUUUAGGAUCGAGUCUGACUUCAAGCUGAAAGUACCUCUUUAUCAGAUAGGCAUAAGAACGGUUUUCACAGAUAAUGCUAACCUGCAUGGAAUUAGCAAAACUGGUGGGCUGUUCGUCAGUGAAAUAUUUCACAAAGCUGUUAUUGAAGUCCAAGAGGCUGGAACUGUGGCCGGUGCGGCUACGGCCAUUGAAAUAAAUUUACUCUCUGCCAAAAUUCAAUAUCCAGAGUUCAAGGUGGACCAUCCAUUCAUUUUCUUUCUCAGAGAUAGACAGACAAACAUCAUUCUGUUUCAGGGCAAAUUUUCCGGGUAA